AUGACGGACUCCGGCAACACCACCACCACCAACCUCUCUCCAACCCCAACACCAUUCGAAACUCUCAUCCCCAAUGCCGAGAUUCCCGAAAGCUCAUCAUCUGCAGCUGCUUCACCAAAGAGUGAAGGUGCAAGCACUGAACCAGAACCCAAAGCCGUCGCGGCGGCCACUGAGUCCUCUGAAAGCAGCGGCGGCAGAAGCAAUGGCGGCGAGGUGGUUUUUGUGGGGAGGAAGAACAGGGCCGUGUCGUGGGGUUACAGCUUGAACAUAGGAAGGAGACGAGAAAUGGAAGACACCCUUACCAUUGUUCCUUCUUUUAUGCAAAUUCCCUGCGCUUCUGUUGGCGGGUGUACAGCGCCGGAGUGUAGGUACGUCACGGAGGAAUCGUCGGUUCACUACUUCGGUUUGUAUGAUGGCCACGGCGGCUCUGAGGUAAUAAUCAGUUAUUAUUAA